CUGGCCGCUCUGGGGUCUUGCACACAAAGGGUGAGAGGGGCGUGGGGAGGCUGGAGAGCAUCACUGCCCCGCCUGGCCCGGCGACGCCCGCUCCGCAGCCUGCUGGGCAGUGAGGUCCAGGAGCACUCUAAACUUGGAGCUCGGGAUAUUUCCAGGCCACCCAAAUUGCCGUCCUACCCCAGCGAGGCAGAGAGGCGCGGAGUGCGCGCGCGAGCUGAGUGAGUGCUUACGUCGCAGCGAGAUCUGUGCUGGGAUAAUUAGAGAGGAGUUGGGCUGAGCCGAGUCCUCUUUUAGCAGCAGCAGCCGGAGCCGCCGCAGCAGCCCGGAGGGGCGCGCCUGACUCGGACCGCUCGGGAGAGCCCCCCGGAGAGGCCCGCGCGGCGCAGCAGCCGCCCCGCUGUGCCCACCGCCCUGCUGCUCCGGAGGGCGCACAAAGGCGGUGGCCGCCCGAGUGGCCUUCUCCACCCAGGCGUUCGGGUCCCGCUCCCCACCUUCUCUCCCGAAGGCAGAAAUGGCAGGGCCAGGCGAGGACCUGGGACAGCGGCGGCUGUAGCCCUGUGAUCCCCACCCCUGCUGCUGGGAGAGGCGGCGGGCUGCCCGCGGAGGAUGUGGCCGCGGCCGCUCCCGAGCGCAUCUUCGGCCUGGGUCCCCGCCGCCGCCCCUCCUCUCUGCUCCUUCCAUCCCGCCCGGAGGAGUUGAUGCCGCUGUCGCCGCCGCCGCCGCUGCUGAAGCCGCGGCUGAUGGAUGCCUGGGAGUGUCGCAUUGCUUAGCGACCCCGCCUCCGGGUUUGCUGAUGAUCUCUCUCCGCCCUGGAGCUCAGCGCUGAAGAGCUACCUUAUUAUUAAUCACAAUUUCCAUCGCCACCCCUGGCAGGCGUAUCCUUCAGUAGGGACAGCAGGAACAUUCACAGUGCAGGGGCUGAGAUGUGCGUGGGGGUUGUUUUUGUUAUAUCUUGGAAGAGAAGAGAAGAGGACAGUACCAAGAUCGGAACCACCCGUGCCAGGUGGGACUAGGGGUGAUUUGUUAGGAGAGAGAAAGGACAGGAAGAGGAGUGCGGAUCCCUUCAGGGGUUCCCAUCUCUUUAAAGGAAAGCGAAGAGGGAGCCAAACCGGGGUGUUGUAUUUUAGGGGGCGGGAGAAGAAGUUUACAUCCCCCCUCCCGGUAAAGCUGGGGAAAAGCAGGAGCAACAGGGCACUUGACUGGAUACCAAGACUAUUAAUUUCCUGUAGGGGAGAGGAAACAGGCAGCAGGAGGUCUGGGGGCUGGAGUGUGUGGUGGUAAAGGCUAGAUUUGCUUUGGGACAGUCAACUAGGGCUUCUGAGUGAAGGCUCUGGAACAGGCAGAAACAAUGACUCAUUUGCAAGCUGGACUUUCCCCUGAGACCCUGGAGAAAGCUCGCCUGGAGCUCAAUGAAAACCCAGACACGCUGCACCAGGACAUCCAGGAGGUGAGGGAUAUGGUCAUCACCAGGCCGGACAUCGGCUUUCUGCGCACGGAUGAUGCUUUUAUCUUACGCUUUUUGCGGGCUAGGAAGUUUCAUCACUUUGAGGCCUUCCGCCUCCUGGCGCAGUACUUUGAGUACCGGCAGCAGAACCUGGACAUGUUCAAAAGCUUCAAGGCCACCGACCCUGGGAUCAAGCAGGCGCUGAAGGAUGGCUUCCCGGGGGGCCUGGCCAAUCUGGACCACUAUGGCAGGAAGAUUCUAGUCCUUUUUGCUGCCAAUUGGGAUCAGAACAGGUACACACUGGUGGAUAUACUGCGUGCCAUCUUACUUUCUUUAGAAGCCAUGAUUGAAGAUCCUGAGCUUCAAGUGAAUGGAUUUGUUUUGAUCAUAGACUGGAGUAACUUCACUUUCAAGCAAGCCUCUAAACUCACACCAAGUAUGCUGCGAUUAGCUAUUGAAGGCCUACAGGUAG